GUGUAUCACUCAAAUAAUAAGUAUUUGAUUCUACACAAUCAAACACAGCCAUCACUGUCUCUCUCCAACUUUCACUUUCGCAUACCUUCACUUCAUAUAAUAUGCCAAACUCUUUCCAUAACCUCAUCUUCUCUUCUCACAACACGUUCCCAUUCCUCUCUCCCUAACCUCACCGGCAGCGCCUUCACGGUCAUCGCCGCCGACACCCCCCCUCCCUUCUUAAUGGCCUCAAUCCCAGUCGCGUGUUCCACACACCCCAAGCUCCAAGCCUCACCCUUAUUCCAAUCCCACGCGCGCUCCCGCAGCGCGUCCUUCUGGAGGGUUCAGCAGAGGGGUUCGAUGGGUGGUGGUGGUGCCGCGUCGAGUUUCGCCUGCUCCACUUCUCAGUUCCGCGGCGGAUUCGGGUUCCGGUUCCACCGGAGACAGGGGAAGUUCUCGUUGCUCUCUUUCGGCGGUGACGACGACGGAAGCGCCGUUGGCGGCGAAGCGAGAGAAAGAGACUUGUCUCAGCUUCUCUCCGCAUUGCUUCCCGUUGUUGUUGCUGCCACCGCCGUUGCCGCUCUCGCUAAACCCUCCACUUUUACUUGGGUAUCAAAAGAGUUAUAUGCUCCUGCACUUGGUGGGAUUAUGUUGUCUAUUGGAAUAAGACUAUCCGUAGAUGACUUCGCUCUUGCAUUUAAAAGACCUUUGCCACUUACCAUUGGGUUAAUUGCGCAAUACGUGCUUAAGCCUGUUCUUGGGAUCUUGGUUGCAAAGGCUUUUGGUUUGUCUAGGAUGUUUUACGCGGGCUUUGUCCUCACAGCUUGUGUUUCGGGGGCUCAACUAUCCAGCUAUGCAAACUUCUUAAGCAAAGGGGAUGUAGCCUUGGGCAUUCUUCUCACAAGCUAUACCACAAUUGCAUCAGUUAUUGUUACACCUCUGUUAACUGGUCUUCUGAUUGGAUCAGUAGUGCCAGUUGAUGCAGUUGCCAUGUCAAAGUCAAUUCUGCAGGUUGUACUUGUUCCGGUGACCCUUGGUCUUCUUCUCAAUACAUAUGCAAAGUCAGUUGUAUCUGUUCUUCAACCUGUGAUGCCCUUUGUUGCCAUGAUUUGUACUUCACUGUGCAUUGGCAGCCCUCUUGCUUUAAACAGGAGUCAAAUUUUGACAGGCGAAGGUCUCCGGUUGGUUUUUCCAGUAUUAACAUUUCAUGUUGUUGCCUUCACUUUAGGAUAUUGGUUCUCAAAGAUUCCAUCCUUGAGGCAGGAAGAACAGGUGAGCAGGACGAUUUCACUAUGCACUGGAAUGCAGAGUUCCACCCUUGCAGGACUCCUUGCAACGCAAUUUUUGGAUAGUAGUCAGGCAGUUCCUCCUGCAUGUUCUGUCAUUGCUAUGGCUAUAAUGGGUCUCUGUCUUGCCUCUUUUUGGGGAAGUGGCUUUGUAAUUAGAAACCUGUUGCCAUUACCUCCUCUCAGAACCAAUUCUGCUGUUAAAACUUAACUUUUUUGUUUCUGAUGCGUGUCAUUGAGGCUUAUUUUUUAGCAUCAGUUGGAGGGUGGAAACUUGAUAAAUUUGAUCUUUUAAUGGUAACAAUUAGAAAUGGCUAGGGAAGGUAGAUUAAUAGGAAAAAUUCAAGUGUAUAGGUUAGUCACAUACAAAUCAGCAAGAAACAGGUUUCAUUAGUAACAUUGUAACAUUAUCCAGAGAAAAAAGUUACAUAGUAACGGGGGGUAUAGAUGCAUAGAUACUAUCAUUUGUUACCUAGCUGCAAAUCAGUACACUUCUGUACAUAGACUCAAACUAUGUCAUAGAUCAUUUACCAAUUAACAGUUUUCUCUGUCCCUCUCUGCGUU